AUAGUUGACAACAUUUAACAGUUGCUUAACAAAGAAGCAUUCUCAAGGAAAACGUGUUCAUAAUUUUAGGGUUUUGCCUCCAUUUUGUGUGUGUGUGAAUGUGUUUUGUAAGAAUAGUCGUCGUUUGAAGGGCGAUGGCGAUGGGGUGGGAUUUUGUUGGAGCUCUCGUGCAGAUGGAGCGACACCAUAACGCCGCAACAAUUUCACCGACGUCAAAUUUAGGAGAAUGCGUGGAUUCGCAUUCGACAGCGAAGAACUGCGAUACUAACUGGGGUCACCGAAUUGCGAAGCAACGACGUUCAUGGCAAAAAUUGGGUUCAUCCAGGAAGCCUUUCCUUGGAGCUCCCCGCAAUGUGCCCCUUCCGAAUGUUGCAUCUGUGGAAAUUUAUAGAAAGAGAAAAUUAAAAGCAGCCCAGCUUGGCGUAACGGGUAGUUUGGGUGGAGUGCGAGGUCGAGCUGGUGGCCAAUCCCUUUGCUUCUGUAAUCUGCAGAACUGCAUGUCCUCUUCCAGUUGCGCAGGUUUAUAUCCAGCGGCACCGUUACUGGGAUUGCACUCACCAGCUACCAAUGGCAGGGCCAGGGGAAUUCGUCCUCAGUUGCUGAGAUUCGCAGGUCUGUCAGAGUGGUUGUACAUCGCUGCCUGGGGGCAUUGUGAAGAGACCUUGGUGGACCUAAGGAUUUGCAGGUUCUGAAGAGUUCUGAAGUUUUUGAAGUGUGAUUUGUGAGUGAAGAUAUGGAUAUCUUAGUUGCUGAUACAAAGCUAACAGUAUUUGUCUACUUUACACUGCAAGCCUAUCACGGAUUUCUCGUACGACUUGAACCACAUCGCUCUGUCUGAAAAUCACUUGUGCGCUGAUCUUGAGUCCAUGGAGUAAGGCCAACCUUCAUCUUGCUCUUGCUCCUUUUUUUUUUUUUUUUUUUUUUUUUUGUUUUUUUUUUCUUGUUUUUCCCAGCACAAUGUGAAUCACUCUGUUACAAAGAAUAUGAGUAAGACUGACUUAUACAAAUUAAGAGUGGGACUUCACGUUGCACAAGCGGGUCGAACGUCUGCAGCUACUUCGCAUGGUCACUGGUAGGUAACGUCGUUUGAGCGGUGGGCUACAUUCGACGCUUUGGAUUGGCGUGCUUGGAAUACAAUAGUUAUCAACGAAAAACGGAAGAAACCAGCGAAGUCGUUUUCUCGGUUUCCUGUUUGUGAUAUAUGGAGUCACGUUUUCAGAGACUCAUGACUUCUCGGAGGAAUUUUGGCUCAAGGUUGCUUUACACGACGAUAUUUUAGAUGUCCAAGAAGGACGAAGGUGUGCAAUGCAAUGUAAUAUUUGCUCCAUAAAUCUUUCCUUUGGAUGCACAUUCUGCAGCCUGUCGAAUGACUGAUCUUCACGAGUAAGCCCCCAGAGUCUUGGAAGAAGAUGGUGUGCCUCAAUUUUAACUUCGAACCUUGGGAGGAAUUUGCUAUCAAUCACUUAGGAUAUUUUCGUUCCUCCCUUAUUAUGUGACUGCCUCUCUAGGUUUUUGAUGAACCUGGUCGACAUGCUCUGCAUGCGUUUGUGUCAUUCAAUUCGUGACAUUGAUAUAUACUCCGGCUGAGAAUUCAAUACUCACGAUCUCUCCUUUCACACAUAUCCACCUGUCUGGUUUUUUUGAUGUGGUUUCUGACGACGGCCAUAUAACAUAGAAGCCGAAACUAUCUUUCUAGUGGGCGGCUCCACUGGAUAUUGACGAUCAGGCCGGCGAACAUCCGAGACAAGUUAUCUUGUAAUCUUCUUCUUCGAAAGCCAGGAACAGUGCGUGCAGGCCCUCAAUUUGAUCCUUGGCUAGGUACGCAUCAACACUGUAGACACACAAACGUGAAUUACUCCAAUAUUCUCUCAGUCGGCCCGGGAUCACCAACUUGACUAGUCUUGGUCGAUAUUAUUGGAAGUUCGUUGAGCAGGCAUAAUCUCCUCAGCUCACACUCGCAUUCCCACGCAUACACAAUCAAAGGCUGUCGUGCGAGGUCAGUACAGUUGUAUCCAUGUGCCUAGAAACCAAGCGAUUCUCCCAUCAAGCCAUAAUCUUGUACUGCCUCUUCCCAUAUUUACGGCUUGGAGAGGGAGUUUGCAGGGAGAGAGCACACGUGUAGAUAAGGAGGGAGGAGCAUGACAAUGACGAUCAGUGAGGAGGCGGAAAUCUCGAGGUGGCGUUGUGUGCAGAGGCUUUGGCGCUUGGAUGUCGAGCCGCGCCAGACACGCCCCUGUCAUCUCCGGCGGAGCCGCAACCUCGCUUUUAACCCGCAGGGUGUGGCACUCGUCACAGACGAAACAAAGGUGCUACCCAUGCUGUGUGCCUACCGCCGAUGACCUCUCCCUCCUUCUCCUCCUCCUCAUGAUGCAACAAGCUUGUUCCACUGGAAUCCUGUGGAGGACCCAACAAUCUACAGCACAGACCCAAUAACGUGCAUGCACAGUGCCAGCGUCUUCCUGCCAAGGGCCCCUCCUGACAUGCUGCAGCAGAGCAUCCAGAUCAACAAGCCUUCACUUCACCAGUCAGGCUCUCGGAGCUCGGUCAGAACGACUCUGUGCGCCAUGACUUAAAGCACCAAUUGCGUCAAAAGGGGGACAUGACAAACAACGCCAGGCCUCUCGAGGAAUGUUGCAAUAGACCCUUUCUCCAAUCUCCCUCUCAAUGGAUCUUAUUGAAUAGCAAGAGGCUAUCGCCUUCUACAAAUUCGACCGUGAAAAAGCGCCCACAUCCAAUUCAUCAUACUAUAUACUAUACAACAGUAAGGGUGAGUCUCUACCAUCCAGAUUUUCCAGAAGUUAUGCUAGAUUGUUUUAAUGUAUAGAAUUGAAAGUUGACAUAAAUCGGAAGGUACAGGAAUGGGAAGGUACACAAACUAUACAAAGAAAUGGUAAUGGCAUGAUUUGUGCUUGCAAAGUUGGUUGUUAAUGGCUUUUCUAAGUGGAAGGAAGGCCUUGAAGCACUAAUUGUAGUCCUUGGCCAAAAACCUUGAUUGUAGUUGUUUGUAUCUUAAGAUGUAGAAGAUUUUACUUCAA